AAUUUGUGUUUGGCGUUGUUGUUUGUUCAAAUCAACACAUUAAUUCAAUUGAAGAUAACAAUGAAUGAGCCCUUUGUGAGCUAAUAUUAUUUUUGUCAAAUUUAUCUUUAAAUCAAUCAGAGUAACGGUAUAAUUUGACAAGAUCGAUUGGUUACUUAUCUGCACGCGCAAACAAAACAUCAUUAGGUUUCAACUGAUAUCAAGUAAUGAAUCACCAAACGUAACCCUAAUUAAGUCAAACAUUGAUAUCUCGUUUAAGCCAAGUCUGCAGAAGUGAAAAUGUCUGAAAAUUCAACGGCAGUUGCUAUUAAAGAAGCAGACGGCUACUAUGAUCAGAAUGACUUCCAGAAAGUAUACGACACCUUAGUGAAGCACAAAUCCGAUACCUCAAAUUGCGAACUACAGUGGAAAAUAGCGAGAGCUGCCAGAGAUCUAUCGUGUCUAUCUUCUACUUCGAAAGAGAGGAAGAAGGAACUCACUUAUGAGGGACUGGAGUGUGCCCAGAAUGCAGUGAACUCUGAUGAUAGUAAUUUUUCAGCCCACAAGUGGAAGGGAAUAAUGUUGAGUGAGGUGGGAGACUACGAGGGGAUCAAGAAGAAGAUAGAGAAUGGCUACCUCAUCAGGGACGAAUUCACAAAAGCUUCAGAGUUGAACCCAAAUGACGCCCUCUGUUACUUCUUAUUAGGUGAGUGGAGUUACUUCGUGUCUGACAUGGGGUGGACUCAGAGACAGGCGGCCAAAGUGUUCUUCGGCACUCCGCCCUCCUCCUCUUUCGAAGAGGCACUCAAGAACUUCCUCAAGGCCGAAGAAGUGAACAGUGGUUUCUAUGUUGGCAACUAUGUGAGUCUGGGAAAGACUUAUCUGAAGCUUAAGAAGAAAGAAGAAGCCAAGAAAUGGUUCCAGAAAGCAGCCGAAUAUCCCAGUGAAAACGAAAAGGAUGAUCAGUCAAUCGCAGAAGCUAAGAAGCUCCUGGCAACACUCUAACUGGGCGAGUAGGAAUAUGCUUGCUUCUGGUGGCACUGAAACGAAAUGUACAAAUUAAUAAAUUGUACCAAACGCCAAUAAUACUGACCUCUUCCUCAUUCAUGAAUGCCCUUAGAUAAGAAGAACUGUUCCUUCAUUAUACGCUGCUGAAUGAUAUUAAUAUUGAUAUGAAAAUUAAUUGGUUUGUUUUUGUGUAAUACGUCUGAAAUCAAUAUUUGCAACAAUA